AGGCUAGAGCUACCUUAGACACUAAUACAAUUUACUUUUUUUACAGCUAUUCGCAUGAGAUAAACGAAUGUUUUCAAAUAUUAUAUGAGUUUCUACUGAAAGCCACAUCCCUGGUCUUACCCAUCACGAUCUUCGCAGUUAUACAAGCUCUCGGCCGAGGUCAGUUCAUACCGGAGUUCUUCGCCUUCAUCUUCGGCGUUUUCAUGGUUGGGACGACCCCGUGCUACUACAGCAACAUGCUCAUGGAAAAAAGUGAAGACGUGCGCAUGACACUGUAUUCCUGCGGUUGGGAGACCCGCUUCGAUCUAAAUACGCGGAAAUGUAUAAUACUGAUGCUGUGCCGGGCGCUCAGACCCGUCUCUAUCAGGACUAUAUUCCGAUCAGUCUCACUCACUACGCUGACCGAUGUGUUCCAGCAGGCCUACGCAUUGUUCAAUUUAUUAAACGCGGUGUGGAAUUAAAUGAUAUUGUAGUAGACGACUUGAAUA